CUUGCUGUGGAAGGCGUUAGAAGGUGUGGCGUCCCUACCAAUUUGACAAGCCCACCUGGUCCGAGCUCCCUACACCUCUCGUCAUCAACAGCUCAAACACAUUAGCACGGAGAGAGGACGUUCAAACUUCCGAUUUUCAACCUCUUCCUCAGUUUCCUUCUCCCCUUCCACCUUUUUUUUUUCAUCACAAAACCCCCUUCGGCCCGUAGGAAGAAUCGCCCUUGGACCGUUCUUGUCAAGGACGAGGCCCAGUUUCUGCGGAUAUCCCCCCGCAUCUCCCCUCGCCCACCUGCACGUCCUCGCCUCCCCGAGCAGCAGACAUCACCAUCAUGGCGCCCGAGCACGAGCACAAGAAGAAGGUGAACUUGGCCGACGUCUCCGGCGCCGAGCCUAAGGACGAGAAUGAUGUUGCCACGGCCAUCCUCAAGAAGAAGAAGAAGCCCAACCAGUUGAUGGUUACCGAUGCUGUCACUGAUGAUAACUCUAUCAUCGCCCUGUCGAAUAACACUAUGGAGCAGCUCCAGCUGUUCCGGGGCGACACUGUUCUCGUGCGAGGCAAGAAGAGAAAGGAUACCGUUCUGAUCGUCCUAGCGGACGACGAUCUCGAUGACGGGAGUGCCCGGCUUAACCGAGUCGUUCGCCAUAACCUACGAGUAAAGCAUGGCGACAUCGUCACCAUUCACCCGUGCCCGGAUAUUAAAUACGCCAAGCGCAUUGCCGUGCUUCCUAUUGCCGACACCGUCGAGGGCCUAACUGGCUCGCUCUUCGAUGUCUUCCUAGCACCAUACUUCCGCGAAGCCUAUCGGCCCGUCCGCCAGGGAGACCUGUUUAUUGUUAGGGGCGGUAUGAGACAGGUGGAGUUCAAGGUUGUCGAGGUCGACCCUCCAGAGUUUGGCAUUGUGGCACAGGACACCGUCAUCCACUGCGAAGGCGAGCCGAUCCAGCGUGAAGAGGAAGAGAACAAUCUCAACGAGGUUGGCUACGAUGAUAUCGGCGGCUGUCGGAAGCAGAUGGCCCAAAUUCGUGAAAUGGUCGAGUUGCCCUUGCGACAUCCACAAUUGUUCAAGUCUAUCGGUAUCAAACCCCCGCGUGGUGUACUACUCUACGGACCCCCGGGUACCGGUAAGACGUUGAUGGCUCGUGCCGUUGCCAACGAGACCGGGGCUUUCUUCUUCCUGAUCAACGGCCCCGAGAUCAUGUCCAAGAUGGCCGGUGAAUCCGAGUCGAACCUUCGAAAAGCAUUUGAAGAGGCCGAGAAGAACUCGCCUGCUAUCAUCUUCAUCGACGAGAUUGACUCCAUCGCCCCCAAGCGAGACAAGACGAACGGUGAAGUCGAGCGACGUGUAGUCUCUCAACUGCUUACUCUUAUGGACGGCAUGAAAGCUAGGUCCAAUGUUGUGGUCAUGGCCGCUACCAACCGACCCAAUUCGAUUGAUCCCGCCCUGCGACGUUUCGGUCGUUUCGAUCGCGAGGUUGAUAUCGGUAUUCCCGACCCCACUGGCCGUCUAGAGAUUCUACAAAUCCACACCAAGAACAUGAAACUCGGUGACGACGUGGAUCUCGAGCAGAUCGCUGCCGAGACUCACGGCUACGUCGGCUCUGAUAUUGCCGCCCUAUGCUCGGAGGCUGCUAUGCAACAGAUCCGAGAGAAGAUGGACCUCAUCGAUCUGGACGAGGAUACCAUCGAUGCCGAGGUCCUCGACUCCCUGGGCGUCACCAUGGAAAACUUCCGAUUUGCUCUGGGCGUCUCCAACCCAUCUGCUCUUCGCGAGGUUGCUGUGGUCGAGGUCCCGAACGUCCGUUGGGAGGACAUCGGCGGCUUGGAGGAGGUGAAGCAGGACCUCAAGGAGAGCAUUCAAUACCCCGUCGACCACCCCGAAAAGUUCCUCAAGUUCGGCCUUUCCCCCUCCCGUGGUGUCCUGUUUUAUGGUCCCCCCGGUACUGGUAAAACCAUGUUGGCCAAGGCCGUCGCCAACGAAUGCGCAGCCAACUUCAUCUCAGUCAAGGGCCCGGAGCUUCUCAGCAUGUGGUUUGGUGAAUCUGAAAGCAACAUUCGAGACAUCUUCGACAAGGCACGCGCUGCUGCUCCCUGUGUAGUCUUCUUGGACGAGUUGGAUUCGAUUGCCAAGGCUCGCGGCGGAUCCGUUGGGGAUGCAGGCGGUGCUUCAGACCGUGUCGUCAACCAACUUUUGACCGAAAUGGAUGGUAUGACUUCGAAGAAGAACGUCUUCGUUAUUGGCGCGACCAACAGGCCCGAGCAACUCGACCCGGCCCUUUGCCGACCGGGCCGUCUUGAUUCGUUGAUCUACGUGCCGUUGCCCGAUGAGGCUGGCCGUCUGAGCAUCCUCGCGGCUCAACUCCGCAAGACACCCGUUGCUCAGGACGUCAACCUGACCUACAUCGCCUCCAAGACCCACGGGUUCUCCGGUGCCGAUCUCGGAUUCAUCACCCAGCGAGCCGUCAAGAUCGCCAUCAAAGAGUCCAUCACCGUCGACAUUGAGCGGCAACGUGCCCGCGAAGCUGAGGGUGAGAUGGAUGUCGACGAUCAGGAGCUUGAAGAUCCGGUCCCCGAGCUUACUCGGCGUCACUUCGAAGAGGCUAUGCAGAUGGCCCGAAGAUCCGUAAACGACGUCGAGAUCCGCCGGUACGAAGCCUUCGCACAGCAGAUGAAGAAUGCCGGCCCUGGCGCGUUCUUCAAGUUCCCUGCGGCUGGAGGUACCGGUGGUGCAGGCCCCAGCGGCGACGACAACUUCGGCCAAGCCGGUGACGACGACGGUCUUUACGACUAAGCUCUGAUCACCCAUCAAGAUCCGGGGGUUUAGGACAUUUGCCUCCAUACUCUUAAUCCCUUUGUCGCCGCGCACCUGCGUAAUCAACGGCCCAGUGCACUACACUGCGAGCUCGGCGCCUACGAUGUAGCUUUUUGCGGUUGCGAUAGGGAUUUGCGUUCACGAUAGACUCGGGCCAUGACAGAAUUAGGGUUAUGAUGCAGCUAAUAAAUAUCACGCAACGACAAGCACGACCGUUUGGCCUUCUGCGGGCCUGCGGGACAUACCCCGAUUCUAGUCGGGGUGGGGGGAAGUAUAUGGCCAUGUCUACUACGUCGUGGCGUAUUUCACGAUAGAUUCACAAAUCGAAAUAUUUCAAUAAGAGUUUCCUCACGUGUGAUACUUAUAAGUUAGGUAUCGACAGUAUAAAAUGCGAGGCUGUAUACCGUAAG